ACAGUUUGCCAUCUCUUGGAGCAAGAGCGACAGCAACACAACCAGUUAAAACACACAUGGCAGAAGGCCAAUGACCAAUUUUUGGAAUCUCAACGUUUGCUAAUGAGGGACAUGCAGCGAAUGGAGAUUGUACUAACUUCAGAACAACUCCGACAAGUUGAAGAACUGAAGAAGAAAGAUCAGGAGGAAGAUGAACAGCAAAGACUUAGUAAGAGAAAGGAUCACAAAAAACUGGAUGUUGAGGAAGAAGUGAAAAUACCAGUAGUCUGUGCUUUAACUCAUGAAGAAUCUUUAGCCCAGUUGUCAAAUGAAGAGGAACAUUUAGAUAGUACCCAUGGUUCAGUCCAUUCCUUAGAUGCAGACUUACUGUUGCCAUCUGGAGACCCAUUCAGUAAAUCGGACAAUGACAUGUUCAAAGAUGGACUCAGGAGAGCACAGUCUACAGACAGCUUGGGAACCUCAGGCUCACUGCAAUCUAAAGCUUUAGGCUAUAACUACAAAGCAAAAUCUGCUGGAAACCUGGACGAAUCAGAUUUUGGACCAUUGGUUGGAGCAGAUUCGGUGUCUGAGAACUUUGAUACUGCCUCCCUUGGGUCACUGCAAAUGCCAAGUGGGUUUAUGUUAACCAAAGAUCAGGAAAGAGCAAUCAAGGCGAUGACACCAGAACAAGAAGAGACGGCGUCCCUCCUCUCCAGUGUUACACAGGGUAUGGAAAGUGCUUACAUCCCCAGUGGUUACCGCUUAGUCAGUGAGACAGAAUGGAAUCUCCUACAAAAAGAGGUACAUAAUGCUGGAAAUAAACUUGGUAGACGUUGUGAUAUGUGUUCCAAUUAUGAAAAACAGUUACAAGGUAUUCAAAUUCAGGAGGCUGAAACAAGAGAUCAGGUGAAAAAACUGCAGGUGAUGCUAAGGCAAGCAAAUGACCAGUUAGAGAAGACAAUGAAAGAUAAACAGGAACUGGAAGACUUUAUAAAGCAGAGCACUGAAGAUUCAAGUCAUCAGAUCUCUACACUUGCCCUAAGAGCCCAAGCAUCUGAGAUCUUACUUGACGAGUUACAACAGAGCUUUUCCCAGGCAAAGAGGGACGUUCAGAAACAGAUGGCAGUGCUGAUGCAGUCACGGGAACAGGUUUCAGAAGAGCUGGUGAGGUUACAAAAAGAUAAUGACAGUCUUCAGGGAAAGCAUAGCUUGCAUGUUUCCUUACAGCAAGCAGAAGACUUCAUUCUCCCGGAAACAAUAGAGGCACUUCGGGAGUUGGUAUUAAAAUACCGCGAGAACAUCAUUCAUGUGCGGACAGCAGCAGACCACAUGGAAGAAAAGCUGAAGGCUGAAACUUUUCUAAAAGAGCAAAUUCAGGCAGAACAGUGUUUAAAAGAAAACCUUGAAGAAACUCUGCAGCUGGAAAUAGAAAACUGCAAGGAAGAAAUAGCCUCCAUUUCUAGCCUAAAAGCUGAAUUAGAAAGAAUAAAGGUAGAAAAAGGACUGUUGGAGUCCACAUUAAGAGAGAAGUUCUCAACAGCUUGACAGUCUUCAAGAUAUAAAAUCACUUUGGAGGAACAGUUAAAGAAAGAGACUGCUGCUAAGGUGAUAUUUUUGUUG